UGCAGGCCGGGAGAAAACUAAAGGUCCGCGUAGGUUUGUUCGCGGCGAUAAAGCUCCCCAAUAUCAAAAUACAUCGCUUACGGUACACUUCACCUGAGCGGACUGUUCGAAUUUGCUGCUUUAUUAAAAAUUUAGUGAAAACGUAAGUAAACGAAAUGAUAAUAUAAUAAUGUAGUGUUUUCUUUUUUUUUUUUUUUUAACGGAAACAAUAAUAAUUAUUUAGCGUGUUUUUAUCACGACAUAUUAUUAUAAUAUGACAAUAAAAUAAUGUAUAUAUUAUAGUAUAGUAUUCAGUAGACCUACAUCGAAAUAUAUUUUACAUAUUAAAAAAUAUAAUAAUAACUUAAUAUCUAUACAGUUGUAAACAUAUUAUAUUAUAAUACGCUAAUCGUUCGUUUUUUUUUUUUAAAUAUUAGCUUUUUUUUUUACGAAAUAAAAUUUGUCUUCGUUUUUUUUUUCUAUUAUUAUUAUUUGAAAGAAAAUGAUCGAUUUCGUAUACUAUUGUACAGUUUAUAAUAGUAACUAUGCAGGUAUAUAGUUAAAUGGUUUAUUUUAUGUAGUGAAUCGAAAGUUGCGUAAAAUAUUGAUAAAAUUAAGCACAAAUGCAUUAAUCACUAUUUUUCCGGUUUGCUAAAAAUUUUAAUUUUAAUUGAGUUUAUUUUACAACGAAAACGGUACAAAUGAUGUAUCCAAAAAAUUAAAUUUAGGAAAGAAAAGCGCCGCGAUAAAAAAAAAAAAAAACAAAAAAUACGAGAGAUGACAAAAUAUCCGGAAACAAAAAUGAAUUAAAUUAAAUUUAUAAAGCUACAUACAAUGUUGGUUAAGCAAAAUAGAAUAUUAUACCUAGGCACCUUAGAAAUCAGUUUAAACUGUAGAUUUUUAGUUCGCUGUACGAACAUUCUCAUUUUUCAUUUGUAAUUUUGUGAAAUUUAACGAAAUACAUUUCAAGAACAUUAGGUAUAUUACAUAUUAUUAUUAUUAUUAUUAGGUUUUUUUUUUUUUUUUAUUAAGUAAAAAGGCUUCGACUUCUAAGGACAGUAACCAAUAAGUUAUACAAUAAGUAGUAAAAUAGUUACAUAAUGUUGACAAGGUAUAUAAGGCGAAUAUAGGAGUACAUAUUAACAUAAGAACAUUUUAUUUCAAUUGGUUUAUAAUAUAUGAUUAGCGAAGACAACCAAAUUUAAAAUAGCAUCCGUGUUGACGUAUUAUUAUAUCGUCUAUUAGAUAUUUGGUUACUAAGUAAUUUCUUUCGCUUUCGAUAAAUAUUUUUAAACAUAGGUACAUCUGCUUAUAGUUUUUUAAUAAAUAAUUUUCAGUUUUCAAUCACAGUGAAAAUAAUUUAGCAACUUAAUAAAAAAAAGAAAAGAAUACUAUAGACAUUCACAUAUAGAAAUAUUUUAGUAAGUAAAAUUAAAAGUAUUUAAACGAAUUCGGUAAAUCGAAUUAUUAUGCUGUGCAUUUAAUACUAUAUUAUCAUCAAUCAUAUUUUUUGAUGUUUUAAACAUAAUUUUUACUUAUAAAAAAAUAAUAAUAAUUUACCUAUCGAUUAGUUAUUGAAAUUAACAUAUUGUAAUGCGAAUUAAACUUUUUUUUUUUUUAUUUGUUCUGUUAACGAUAAAAGUAUGACGUUCGGUCCCAAAAUAUUAUUUUUUGAAAUCAUAUUUUGAACAUAUAAAAUGAAAUAAUAUUCUUGUCUGCCCGCGUGGAAGCGGAAAACGAUAAUUUUUUUUAAAUUUUAAUUUUCCGGUAAUAAUAAUAAGCUAUAUUGAGGACAAUGUAUUUUUAUGUUUGAACAAGUAAAUGCUAUGCCUACCUACUGCGGCCGGGUUCGCGGUAAAUGAACGGUUUAUCCAAUUAACCGCGAAUGGUCCAGGAACACGUGCCAAAUUAUAAAUGUUUUAGCAAAUAAUAAGGUUGAUCCAAAAUUUGUUUUCGUAAAAUCUUUACGACUCUCGUCCCCUGUGCUAAUAUAAAAAUACAUUUUACCUACCUAGCAUCUUAUUAUAGAAUACGAUUAUUUUUCGCGGGGUAAUGAUGAUAUAAAUGAUAAUAUUAACCUAAAAAAAAUAUGACAGUUCCCGGCCGUCAAAGCCGUGGAUAAAUUACUUUCAUUCGACUCAUUAAAAAUCGUACCUUUAGAUAAGCGUGGUAUUAAGUUAAUUUGACUUGCGAUCAGGACUUUCGGACGAACGAUAAUAGCGUCAACAUUUUCAAGAAAUUUUUUAAUGAAUUUAGGAUAUUUCUAUUUAUUUACGUUUUAUUUUGUAUGGGACAUCAUAUAUCGCCACACCCAGCAGUUGCGUGCCCAAUAAUUUUCAGUUUGGUGGGAUGUAACGAAUAUAAACCUUGAAAAAACCUAACCUAACCUUAGAAUUUUCUUUGCUACCCAACUCUCGACUGUAGGAAUUUAAAAUCCAGGUCUCAAAAAUCCUGCGAUUUUCCAUGCAACUUGGUUGAAAUAUAAUAUAUUACCUAUAUUUCAAGAUUAAAUUACUAAAUAAAUACUCACAGCUUGUAAUUUUAAGCCAAUCUGUGAGAAGGGACACAACCCUUAACUUUCCUCCUUCUGCACGAUACAUACGAAAUGCGAUUAUGCGAACGAUACAAACACAAUAAGACCGUCGAUUAAAUUAUAACCGAAUAAUAAUUAAUUGUUUCAAACAAUUUAGAUUUUCAUCUAAAACCAUGGACCCCGCUGUAGCAGCUAAGAUGGAAAGCGGUUGGAGCGCACUUUCGUCGUCUGACAGCAAAUCGCUGUUAAAAAAAUACCUAACGAAAGAAGUGUUCGACCAGUUAAAGGACAAAAAGACCGAAUUCGGUUCCACACUUUUGGACUGUGUACAAUCGGGUAAGAUAUUUUACACUCGCUCGAAGUAUAUUAUAGAAAAACCUAAUCCCCGUCGGUAGCGAACAAAGGUAAAAAUUUCGGAAGGUUGGGGUUGCAAAAAUAUCUUAUUUGACCUUUGUAUUGCAGGUAAAUCAAUUUAUUAAUAACAAAUUAAAGGUUAAUAUUCAUAUUUCGAAGAGGGUACGAACCUCCGAACCCCUCCAACGUUCGCUAUUGAUACCUAUUGUCUAUUCGCCACGAAUGUAGUAGCCCGAUUGUGUUGUAGAAAGGCUUUUUUUUUGUGUCAAUAAUACAUAUUAAACGAUAAUAUACUCAGAAAAAUAAACCAAGUUUUUCAAUUAAUACUCGUAAUACUUGUAUGUAAUAUCAUAAUAUAUUAUAGUACAUAUUGUACGUAUUUUGAUACUUUAUUAUUACAAGUAUACAAAAAUCUCAAUUAAUCGGUGAAAAGCUAUUGGUAUUUAAGCUUUUGGUUUGAAAACUAAAGGUUUCUUCGAUACCAAUUACAAUGAAGUAUUAAGCAAAUUAACAUGGAUUAGUACAUUUAAAUAAAACACGUAUAAUCAAAUUAAUAUAUAUUGAAUUAGAAAAAAAAAGGCACCUACGAUUCGAUUAAUAUAUUUUAUUGAUUUCAGUGUAUAAGCUUGAUUCCUCUGGAGAUAAAUAUUGUAUUAAUCUUAUUAUUACAUUUCGUAAAUCGUACUAUACAAACUGAAUAUUAUAACCAAAUGUUUUUUUAAAAGCCUCGAGAGAAAAAGAAUCGAAUCCUAUUUUUAUGAUUUUCAUAAUAGUUUUCUAAAUGAUUUUAAAAUUCAUUAAUGCCAUUGUUUUUCAAUCAGUUUGUAAAGAAUCUAGCAUUGUUUAUCAUUUGUUAAAAAAUAUAAAACUAAAUGAAAUAAAAUCGACAACAUCUAAAAAGUUUCUAAAACUUAAAGCAAAAAUGUGCGUGUUCGCUGUAUAAUUCAAUUUUUACAUUUCGUUUUAUAAAUACAUAAAAAUAAGAAUACAAAAAAAAAAAAAAUGAUCGGUUUUUCGUAAUAAACGUAGGUACUUAUUGUGUAACUGAAAAAUUAAUUUAGGUAUUGGAAAUUGGAAGAAAUCCGUUGGGUUUUAUUUUAUUAUUAUUUUUUGGCUAUCGGUAUUUCAGUUUCUCGAUUAUAUUUAGAAAAACGUACACCGUCAAUCACAUAAAAUGAUGUAUCCGCUAACGUAGACAUUGUUUUGGCAACGCCCUUGUCAUGAUGAAAAAUAAAUAACAAAAAAAGAAAACAUCAAAAAUAAUAUUCUCGUCCUAAAGUGAUUAAUGGAACGCCGGUAAAUCAAUCACAGAACAACGUUUCUUUUGUCGGUUUUAGUAGGUAUAACUCAUGGGGAAGGAACAUUUUUACUUUUUUUUUUUUUGGUGUUGGCGGGGAUGUCUCGUUCAAAUGUAGGUCACUGGGAAACCGAGCCAGACUGCUUGACGCCCUUAGGAUCAAUAUCCCGGAUUCUAAACCCGCUCCCUGCACUACCCAGCAUCACUAAAAGCUCACUCCCCCUUUCGACCGCCGCAGUACAUAUUAUAAUGUCCCUGCAUUAACCCAUUCAAGGUUGGUGUAUCAUAGUCUCUUGUCGGCAUUUAAAAUGUACACUUACACUAUCGUAAGAAUACAAAAUAAUAAAUAAUAAACAAAUUACGGUUCUCAGACCCAUUAUAGUGUACCUUUGUGGGAUACCCUGAAUUCGAAAAAACUAUUUAAAUUAUAUAUUAUUAUACCGUGCGUACCUAGUACCUACAUUAGGAAUAGCCAAGGUUAAACGUUCUUAUGAACAAAAAAUCAAUAUUAUGGGCAUCAAACACGACCAUUUUACAUGCAAAUUAUCGUUAUCAUUUUCCAGGGUGUAUCUGGAAACAAUGCCGGUUGUAGACGUUGUAAUAUCCUGAGGAAAACUAACGUUAAUAAUAGUUCAUAAUAAUUAAAAUGUUAUUCAUUAAUUGAGUAAUAGUUGAUUAAUUAAUUUCUUCUCCAGACCUACCUGCGAUUACCUAUCUAUACAGGGUAGAUUCUACACUAUUUCAUUCUUCCAAUGUGCUCGGUAUUUAAGAAUUUGCGUAUAGUUAAUUUUAGCGACAUUUUUGACAAAAAAAAAAAAAAUUAUCAAUUUUAUAAUAUUCAUAUUUACUCUCAAAUAAAGCGAUCCUGCGGGACAUUUAUCACAAGUAUAUUUAUAAGUAAUUAUGCAAUUUGUUCACGCAAAACCAAAAACAAAGAUCCUUUAAAUUGCAGAUUUUAUAAAAUAUUACCUAUAGUAAUCUAACCUAACCUACGAUAUGGAAACAAUAUUUCCGAGGUAAACUCAUAUACGUUUUGUGUUACCUAUAACACGAAUACAAAAUUAAAUGGUUUAAUUUUUAUAAAUCUCCGUAUCUUUUUUUCCAAUUGAUCUUCUAAAAAAUAGACAUUUUCAUGUACCUAAAUCAUUUAAAUUUUUUUUGCUUAUGUCCAUUUAACGUUAUACGUGUUUUUACCAUAGAUAAUUUGUCCAUUCUUCCAAUUACUUUAUGCACAUUUAAUACUAUUUUUCUUAAUAAUUUAUAACAUUAUUAUAAUAAAACACCGAUAAGAUGUUUACAACACUGCAGAUUUAAAUUGUUCGUUUUAUAUUUUACCUGAAAUAUUUGGUUUAAAAUAUUAUUUAGGGGUUCCCAUUUAGAAAUUCAUUUGUUUUACGUUGUUUAAAAUAAUUUAUUUUAUUUUAGGAUUCGAAAACCACGAUUCGGGAGUCGGUAUCUAUGCUCCAGACGCUGAUUCGUACACAGUAUUUGCGCCCAUUUUCGAUCCAAUCAUCGAGGAUUACCAUAAGGGUUUCAAGUCUACAGACAAACAUCCCGAAAAAGAUUGGGGUGAUGUGAACACACUUGGUGACCUGGACCCACAGGUAACAAUUUAGAAAAAAAAAAAUGAAUGCCACGAGAUUUUUACACACGUAUUUUUUUAUCAAAAGGGCAAAUACAUCAUUUCUACAAGAGUACGUUGUGGUCGUUCACUUCAAGGAUAUCCGUUCAAUCCUUUGCUUACCGAAGCUCAAUACAAGGAGAUUGAGAGUAACGUAUCUUCUACACUGACGGCACUUUCUGGAGAACUGAAAGGAGCGUUUUAUCCUUUGACCGGCAUGUCUAAAGAUGUGCAACAAAAAUUGAUCGAUGAUCAUUUUCUAUUCAAGGAAGGAGAUAGAUUUUUACAGGUGCGUGAUUCUAAAAGCACUUAGAAAAUAUAAUCAAAUAUAAAUAUUUUUCUAUUGAGUGUUUGUUUUUUAUUACAUUUUUAAAAACACACGAACAGCCUUUUUAUAUGUAUUAUAUUGUAAGUGGAGCGAAGCAGUAGCGAGGUGAACUCAAAAUUUUUAAGAGGCAAUUAUUUUACAUUAAACAUAGUACGCUAAAGAACAAAAAAAAAAAUAAAUAAAUUCCAAAAAUUGAUUAUUUUUAAUCUUUCUCCUAACUCUUUGUAUUAUAAUAAUGUACAAUGUACCAUAGAAUAAUCUUUAAAUACGAAUUUUGUAAUAAUAUUAUAUUACGGAUGUUCGAAUAGGCCGCUAACGCUUCACGGUACUGGCCAACUGGACGUGGAAUAUUCCAUAACGAGAACAAGACGUUCCUUGUGUGGUGCAAUGAGGAAGAUCACUUGAGGCUCAUAUCUAUGCAAAUGGGCGGAAACUUGGGAGAGGUUAAACAUUAAAAUAUUAUAUAAUCAGUUGAAUCGAUACUUGAACGUAGAAAUUAUUGUUCGCAGGUAUACAAACGGCUCGUAACGGCCGUAAACGAUGUGGAAAAAAGGCUUCCGUUUUCGCAUCACGACCGUUUGGGCUUCUUAACGUUCUGCCCAACCAACUUGGGAACAACUAUCCGCGCGUCAGUGCACAUUGGGUUGCCUAAAUUGGCCGCCGACAAAGCUAAAUUGGAAGAAGUCGCUGGAAAAUAUAACUUGCAGGUAUACUAAUGACACUAUGUUUAACUGUUUCACUUUUAAUUCGAUUAUACAGACAUAAUGUUAUUGGUUUGUUUGUAUCUUUAGGUCAUAAAAAUUAGACGUAUCUUAUACACAUUUUUUUUUAAAUUUUUAAUUAAAAGUUCAGGUAGGUACGUUCUUGAAAUCUAAUAGAUGUAUCUUCAACGUGUAACAUUCCAAAAUAUUACGUUUAACUGAUUUUUGUUAGACGUGCUACCAGGGUAGGGUUCAAACAUUGGGUAAAAUACAAAAAACUGUGUUUGUAUAGGUAUCUGGUAUAAUAGUAAUACUUAAUAGGUAUUAUUUUAUUAAAAAAUUGUAUAAGACUGAAUGGAACAAGGAAAUUCUUUAUUUUUAUAAAUUUUUCCAUUUGCCUUAGGUAUUUAACAUAUUAUCUUCAAUAUUCAUAGUAACAAAUGCAAUCCCCGUUUUUCCAUUACCUACCAUUUACCAAUAUACAUACACAAUUUCAUUAACAGUAUAACCAACACAUUCUGUGUAUAUUGAGAAGAACUUAUUUAUUUUGUCUGUUUUCCUAGUUUGUAUUUCUAAGGUAUGAUUUUAAAUUGUAAUUUAUAAAUUAAUAAAAAAAUAUGUUACAAAGUUGAGGGGGGUUAAAACUUAGAGGCCAUUCUUUUGGAAUCCACCGCCAUUGAUUUUUUUUAAUAAAUUACCAUUGAAAUGUUUGUCUUUAAUGUCAUUAUAUUAUUUCAUAAGUGUUAAUUAUUUUAAUCGAACAUAAUAUAAAAAAAAGAAACAAAAAUGUUUUUAUACUCGUAGGUAUUUUAGGUCAACAUUUUUAAUUUUUGUGAAAAUGUUAUAAUUAUAUCUAGUUCAUUGAGAAAAUUGUGUUUAUACAGGGUACUAAAAUCUAGAAUUAUUUUUCUUAUUUAGGUAAGAGGUACUCGUGGAGAACAUACCGACGCUGAAGGUGGAAUCUACGAUAUUUCAAACAAAAGACGUAUGGGUUUGACCGAAUACCAAGCCGUUAAGGAAAUGAACGACGGUAUUUUGGAGUUAAUCAAAAUUGAAGAAUCGUUGUAAACAUGCAAGGUCAUCAUGCAAUACAGUAGCAUGCCUACUUGUAAUAACGAUAAUAAAAUGCAAAAUCUAGUCGUAUAAAAAAAAAUAUCUAGUCAACGCUUUUUAUCUUCCACUCGUUACUAUAUUUUGUCGAAGCAAAAUAUAAUUAACGGGGUUAUAAAUUAUAGCUUAUAAAAAUAAUCAUGUAUAAUAUUAUAUUAUAAUGAGUAAAACGUAUGUGUAUAGACAAUAUAAGUUUGAAAAAAACAAUGCUAUCUUUAUCUUUUUAAAAUUAAAUUAUCGUAUUUGAUGUAUUAUCAUAGAUAAUAUAUAUUUUAAUUAUUUUCUUAUCUACUCAUCAUUUUAAUGUUAAAGUAUAAUAGCGUUUCAAUAUUCCUAAAUAAUAUUAUUAUAAUAUUCUGUUUUAAAUAUUGACGGAUAAUUUAGUCAAAAUAUGUUAUCGUCUAUAUAAUAUGAACUUAAUUCAUUUUAAAAUUGUAUUCAUGAAAUACAUAAUAUUAUUAGCUCAUUAUUGUAUAACAUUAUAUUAUGUAUAGAUUGAUAAUAUUAUAUUGUUGACAAGAAAAUAAAAACCAUCGAUCAAAAUAAACGAUAAUUAAGUUAUAUUUUACAUUGAUUGUAAGCAAUUUUGAUUCAAAUUCAGCACCCAAUGGAGUUGAUUUUUCAUUGUGAUUUUUUCGUAA